UUACCCUAACCGUACCCUAACCGUACCCUGACCUUACCGUAACCGUGCCCUAACCGUGCCCGGACCCUGACCCUAAAACCAAGUCUUAACCCUGGAACGGCACUUUGAAUUGUGAGGACCAGCCAAAGUGUCCUCAUAAAGAUGGUAAUAAACCAAGAAGCCCCCAUAACUAUAGAUAGACAUGCGCGCGCACACACACACACACACGCACGCACACACGUGGUGCAUGUCUGCUUUAAAGACCCAGAAAUCCAUGUGCUGGAAGGAGGGGACAGCCAGAGAGAAGGAGUGAGCAGGGUGAGGAGGAGUGAGGAGGGUGAGGAGGGAGGAGUGUGUCUCCACAGCAGAGGGACAGUUCAGCUCCCGGCUCCUCAACGUGGAUUUGAACCAAACCGUCCCGCGGAACUUCAGCUUCUCCAAAACCAACGCGCACGGAACCCAGAGGGAAACAAGUGUCCGAACCCCGCUGUGCCCGGAUCCCUCCCCCUCUGGUCCCGGGUCAUGCGGCUGAAGCUCACCGAGGAGGGCUCUCCUCCGUCGGUCCGCGCGUCGAUGGAAACCCGGAGCGGCGUGGAGGGAGAGGAGCGCGCGCACCGGACCCGAGGAGCGGAGGAGCGCACGGAGGAAGAGGAGGAUUAGUGAAGAUUUUUUUUUUUUUUUUUUAAAGAAAGAAGGGAAACGAGAAAACAACAAACAACCACAGACAUGAGUUUACCGACGAACUGUGUGUAUCCGCCCCCCUCGGUCCAGGAUCGCUUCUUCACGGUGCGGAACGGGAGUAUCUGCGGGUCACCGUGCGCCGUCAACCGGCCCAUCGACAUCGUGCAGAAACGCAGGCGUUUUGACGUGGAGAAUGGCCUCUCGGUGGGUCGCAGUCCUCUGGACUCUCAGACGAGCCCGAGUUCUGGUCUGGUACUUCAGGCCAACUUCCCCCACAGUCAGCGUCGCGAGUCCUUCCUCUACCGCUCCGACUCCGACUUCGACCUUUCGCCCAAAAAUAUGUCCCGCAACUCAUCCACCGCCAGCGACCUGGAGGAGGGAUUGAAGCAUUGGGAAGUCAAUUGGCUACCUCGGCACGGAGAAGACAUGAUAGUGACUCCAUUUGCUCAGGUUCUCGCCAGUCUGCGAACAGUGCGAAGUAACUUUGCGGCUCUGACACAUCUGCAAGAUCGUGUGGCAAACAAGCGGCCAUCAAGCAGCAACCAGCCGUCCAUGUGUAAACCAUGUCUCGCAGAGGAGCCUUACCAGAAGCUGGCAGUGGAGACACUGGAGGAGCUGGACUGGUGUUUGGACCAACUGGAGACGCUGCAGACGAGAGACUCUGUCAGCGAGAUGGCCUCCAACAAGUUUAAGAGGAUGCUGAACCGUGAGCUGACGCAGCUUUCAGAGACAAGCCGCUCAGGGAAUCAGGUGUCAGAGUUCAUCGCGAGCACUUUCCUAGAGAAACAACAUGACGUGGAGAUCCUGUCUCCACCUUCUAAGGAGAAAGAGAAGAAGAAGAGGCCGAUGUCACAGAUCAGCGGAUUGAAAAAGCCCACACAGAGUCCCGGCUUAGCCCCCGCCUGCAUCCCUCGCUUCGGAGUCAGUGCGCCGCACGAGAGUCUGCUGGCCAAGGAGAUCGACGACGUUAAUCGUUGGGGUCUGGAUAUUUUCAAGAUAGCAGAAUAUUCCGGAAACCGGCCUUUGACGGUGAUCAUGCACUCCAUCUUCCAGGAGAGAGAUCUUUUUAAAACCUUUAAGAUCCCGGUCGACACCUUCAUCACCUUCAUGAUGACCUUAGAGGACCACUACCACGCUGACGUAGCUUAUCACAACAACAUCCAUGCAGCUGACGUGGUGCAGUCCACACAUGUCCUCCUGUCCACCCCCGCUUUAGAGGCCGUGUUCACAGACCUGGAGAUCAUGGCAGCUCUGUUUGCAAGUGCCAUCCAUGACGUCGACCACCCAGGAGUCACCAACCAGUUCCUAAUAAACACCAGUUCGGAGUUGGCAGUGAUGUACAACGAUGCGUCGGUGCUGGAGAACCACCACCUCGCUGUGGGCUUCAAACUGCUCCAAGAGGACAACUGUGACAUGUUCCAAAACCUCAGCAAGAAACUGAAAGAGUCCCUCCGCAAGAUGGUGAUCGACAUGGUGCUGGCCACUGAUAUGUCCAAACACAUGAACUUCUUGGCGGACAUGAAGACGAUGGUGGAAACCAAGAAGGUGACGAGUCUGGGAGUCCUGCUGCUCGACAACUACUCUGACCGCAUUCAGGUUCUGCAGAACAUGGUCCACUGUGCCGACCUGAGCAACCCAACCAAACCGCUGGAGCUGUACCGGCAGUGGACGGACCGCAUCAUGGUGGAGUUCUUCACCCAGGGAGACCGGGAGCGGGACAAGGGCAUGGAGAUCAGUCCCAUGUGUGACAAACACAACGCCUCCAUAGAGAAGAGUCAGGUGGGAUUCAUCGAUUACAUCGUCCACCCUCUGUGGGAGACCUGGGCUGACCUGGUGCACCCUGAUGCCCAGGACAUCCUGGACACUCUGGAGGACAACAGGGAAUGGUACCAGAGCAUGAUCCCCCACAGCCCCUCGCCUUCCAGCCCAGAGGAGCACCACCUGGAGGCUGAGCCAGGAGGAGGACCACUGGGAGCAGGAGGAUCUCUCCCUUCAGGAGGAGGAGGAGGUGGGGACAAGUUCCAGUUUGAACUCACUCUGGAGGAAGAGGAGGAGGAUGAUGUGGAGUCAGAUCUGGAUAGCCCCCUAGAGGACGAGUCCCAGUCGGGCGGGGAGCGCCACCUGGACUCCUCCCCUUCCCUUUCUCCAGACCCCCACAGCAGCAGCAGCAGCAGCAGGUACCGCCCCCCGUCGCCUCACCCGCCCCGAACCCUGAGUCUGGCUACCUUGUCGGUGCGGAGCCCCCUUCCCCACAGACACCUGUCCUCCCCGGGGAGGGGGGGCACCGACAGGGACAAAGAACUGAGCCAGGAGGGCGACGGGGUGUCCUGCCUGCGUAUCGGCACGUAACAACCAGCACAACCUGCCCGGCCUGAGAGACAGGAGAUGUAGGAAGGAAGAGGCAGGGCAGGCCUUUACCAAUAAAGUCUGUAAAAUCACCACAGUCCCUUUACACUGGAGACACUCUCUCUGGAGAACAGAGGGACGUUCACCCUCUGUUUGAUUUUAUUUUUCAUCAAAGAAGAAUCGUUUUAGCCUCUCUUUGGAUGCCUGAUAGGCCUUUGUGUCCCGUCCUGCGUCGUUGUAGCUUCAGUUCAGAGCGUCCCAGACAAAGACUGCUGCAGUUUCACUGGGAAGAAGAACGGAGCUGGGGUGUGAUACUCCAACAGCUACAUAAAUGAAAGGAAAUGUCUUCCUCCAAAAGAACUGUUUGUGAACAGCAGCGAAUGAGGAUCACGGUGGAUCGAACAGGGUCUUGGAAAUUAUUUUUGCACCAUAGUUUUUAGUUUAUGAAAUUAUUGAAUCCGUUUGGAAUAAGUGAGUAUGAUUUCUUUGUUGCGAGAAUGAUGUGAGCGAUAAAUAAUUUUACCAAAUACAGGAUGAAGGUGAGCAGCGAGAAAAUCGAUGGACCUAAACCUCAGGGUAUGAAGAGAAACUAAAAAAUCUAAUGUAGCACGGAUGUAGUGAGUACUCCUGACCUGACCCCCGACCCAGAACUUCAGUUUGAUUUACCUCCAAACUAGAGUCUUGGUUUAACCUUCUACAUUUGUAUUAAAACCCUUUAAUAGUCAAUUUGGCACAUGAAGCAGUUAAACAACCAACUUGUAGCACCACAGAGAUUGGACACUGAAGAGGACUGAACCGCAGUCUCACGGGUUCAACACACAGAGGACACCACCUGUAUAAUUUGUUUUAAGCUAUUUUUUUUUUUUAGCCUGAGAUGAUGUUAAAUGGUGUCAUUGUUUAAGGUUCUGAUUUCGGGACAGUUCUCUGUUGUACGUUUGCUGGUCUCGUCUGUGUUAAUGUGCUUCAAAAGCAUUUUUUAAUCAGGGUGCCUCCGGUCCGCAGUAGCACUUUACCAUCUCUGCUGUACAGCUCUUCUAUUCAGUCACACAAAGGGCUUCACCCACUGUAGCCUCACGCGAACAGGACAGGAGGACGAUCUGAUGCUGGGUACCUGCAGGGCAGGGCAGGGAAGUAACUGAACCACUGUCUCAACAGAAAAUCAUCAAGCACAGGAAAAAUAUCCUUUCUGAUAUUAAGAAAUAUUUUUUACCCUACACUAACUGAAUAAAGCCCCCUCCCCUAAAAAUCUAUAUUUUCAUUCACAAACUCCAAGUCAUUAUCCAGAUCUGCACCAAAUUUCAUGUGAUUAUGGAGAUCAGCGAUGUACACAUGCCUGAUUAUUUUCGGAUGCAGCAUCUUUGUUCAAUGCAAACGCAGAUGAAAACAUAACCUGGGGGAGGAAAUGAAAACCAUGUGACGACAGCAGCACCCAGUGUCGGUUGAUUUGGCCUCGUUGUGAUUGGUUUAUCACCCACAAUUUAAUAAUAUAUGUGUAUAUAAUCUACAGACUGGAACUCAGAGUCCUAAGCAGCAGUGUUCAGUUCAAUUGAAUACGAUUCAGUUAUUCCCGGGAAGAAACUUUAAAUUAAACUUAAACAAAGUAUUUAUUAAACCUUUGAAGUAAAGCUUAAGGGUUUCUAUGAUUUCAUGUAACAAUUUCACUCGCUGAUAUUUCAAACCUCACCCAUGUGACAAAAACAGCUCUGGGGACGUGUUGGCCAGUUCCACUCCCGUCACAAUGAUCUUGUCGUUGGAAUUAUCCAGAAAUUUAGUAUUGUGCUGCGAUCAAGUCGGAAGACUGAUAACAUAAACAUGUUUUUUGUGGAGGCAGAGAUUUUACUGACAUUAAGUCACAUAACAAUGGAUCCUACAUUAACGACCAAGCAACUCAAUAGUGCCUUUCAUUAGAUCUCCCCUCCGUCCUGAUUUGUUUUAUGUCGGUGCCGCAGGGUUUUUAUUAUCAAUCUGUAAUCUCAAACCCCUUCAGAGCCACGUUAGACGUUACACAACAGUUGCCACGGGUUGUACUCAAAUAAGCUGACCUCCAUAUCUAAAAUUAGUCGAGUGUCCUUUCAAAUUAAUGGCUUUCCUUUUUCCCCCUGAAUCAGUACAGAUCUUAAAACCCCCCAAAUCACAGUGGUGUUACUUUCCUACCCUGCCGACGGGAACUGCUGCAGAGAUCACAAGGAGCAGCACAGUUUCAUAAGUUCCUGAGAGACACGAAUCGCCUGUAGUUCAAAGUAGACCGACUGUGUUCCAUCAGGCUUCCAGUGUAUUUGGUCAUUAGUGCUCGACUGGGAUCAACUGUGUGCCAUAAGUGUUGAAAACACACAAACACCUGCCAGCCUACGAUUCUGUGCAUUUUUACACUAGAGAUUUUAACCUGAUGAUUGUAUCGAAGUCAUUGACUUUAUAGUGUUAGUUUUUACCAAUGAUAGAUGUCAACAGUAUUUAAAGCAGAGAAUUUACUAGAUUUUGUGCAACCUAGGAUCAGUCUGUUCAGCCCUUUCCUAAUCACAAAGCUGGGACUUGAGAAUGUGUGUAGUUUCAGGAGUUUCACGACUCUUUCUGUACCAAGUACAUGUUUCAGUCUAGAUGAACGGUCGACGCCGUCACUGAGGUAGAAAGACCAGGGAGUGAACAAGCACUACACAGGAUAUGAUGCACUCCCUGGUCCGGCAGUAGUAAAAAAAACACUAGUCGAACAGUAUUUCAUUAAUUCAGCAAGUAAGCUUCAUUCAUAAGCCUUACAUGUGACAGGAGAGGAUGGAACCUGGUGUUUAAAGACCAUGCUGCUGUUUUUAACAUGCUGAGCCUCAGAACGCCUUUUCACUCACUGUUCUUCUCUUUAUGUUUCCUUCACGGUUCUGGAGACUGGAAAAAAACAGAUGCUUUCUUAUUUCUAGGCCUAAAAGAGUCAGAAUACAAGUAUACAUGAUAUGUAUUCACUACAAGCGUUCAGCAUAGAAUCUAACUUCAGAGCAAUCAUUUUGAGUUGAUCCUAAGAGUUUUGUCAUUUACCCAUAAAUUAGCCUGAAACUGGAAAAGUUUUCUCAUAUGUAUUUACUCAUAUUUAUUGUAAUUUCAUAGAAUAAAUAUAAUUUGCUACAAAAGCAUUUAACUUUAUUUGGCAAAAAUGAACCAUAGAUGCCUGCGUGCUACGUGAAUACCAUGUAAACGUCAGCAGCUAGGUCAUCGCUGACUUUAUCUCUAGUGCCAUCAUCUGGACAAAAUUUAUACUUGCACACCAGACAUGUCCGAAUGUUAUGGCCAUUAGAGAUGUGGCCAUUUCCUGUGCCUGAUUGGAAACAUUUUGUUUUUACCUGAACUACUGGUAAUGCUCCAAAAACAACUUCAAAUUGCAUUGUGUAAUAUACAUUGCAGCCUAGUAAACUUUUAAUCUGUCUAAAAAAAUCAAAUCUAUUUUUGACACACCAGCGAUACCAAAUGUGUUUUAAUAUUUCAUUGUGUGUCCAGUGGAAACUUCUUGUACUUUUUGGCUAUGUGUCAAUAUUUGACAAGAUAAGAAUCAGUAACUUGAAAAGUAAAUUGAACUUAACAAAAUAUAUGUAUUACAGUCUCUGCACAAUCAGCAACAGCAUCUGUGGCUGACCAGAAAAGCCGUUUGAGGGAAUCUGUUCGAUAUGAACAGACACUUUCCAUCAUGUGGGAUGUUUGUGAACCUGAAACAAAUUUUCAUUUAGCUGAACGUGGAGUGUGCGGCUGAUCUGAGGCGUUUCAUCAGCGUGUUGAAUUCCGCACCGUGGCUCUUUCCAGGAAGACGUCAGUGCCACACAGUGUUAAAUGUGUUGAUGAGCAGCAGAGUCGCUGCUCUUGCUUCAUUUUCCCUGUCGCACUGAUGCUGCCGGUGUUUAUGUUCAUGCUGUCUCGUUUUCUCAGCCUGUGUCGUGCAAACCUCUAUAAAAGAUAUUUAUUCUUCAAAACAUUUAUGUCGAGACAAAGUACUGUAACAUAAGACGUUUGAUUUUAUGUUCUGGAGCCUGAUAAUCAAGUAUACUUUACAAGUAUGUAUACAUCUGCCACUCCAAUGUUUUGUCAAAGGAAAAAUGAAUAUAUUUUUGUUUCUCAUUUUUAGCCGAAAGAGUCUCGGGAGUUCAGGGUGUUUCAAGUGGAAAAUGCCAAUAAAUUAUAUGGAAAUUUA